UCCGCACAUGGCUUUGACUGUACAGUCAUGGAUCGACAGAGGCCCAUGCAAUACAUGUCGGCAUGAGUCGACUCCGCGCACUCGCACUCAUUCAAGAGCCCCCACUCACCCAUCUAUCUGACAAACCGAAGACGCAUACGACUCGUCACGCUCCGCGGCAUGCCUGUCUGUCUGUCUGUCUGUCACUCAUCCGCUCUGCCCGUCAGAAUGGUUUGGAGCAAAGGGUGCAUUUGGGUGUCGGCUCUGGCGCGAACUCCUCAUCGUCAUCGGCAUCGUCGGUGCCGCCCGCCAGGAUCGCGCUCGUGGCACGACCCACAGUAGACCUUGCAACCUAUUCACGAACAAACAGAUGACCAUUCUGUGCAUCUGUGUGUGGUGUCCCUCCCUCCUUCUCUUCCCUCACUGACCGCACGGCAGCACCACUGCGCGUGUCUCCGACAGGCAGGCCAUGCAGGCGCUCUCCCUCUCACGCUCAGCCACCUCUGUCUUGGCACGCUGUUCCUCGGCCGCCCCCCGCAGCUGUGUCAGCCGGGUCACCUCUCUGUCGAUAUUGGUCAUGAGGCAGCCCAGCUCCGCCGAGCUGAUGUGAUGCAGCCGGGCACCGCUGAGCCGAUCACGCUCUGAGUGAUGCAUUCUGCUGGCUCAGUCGCGCGUUCUCGUCCUGGAGGGACUGUAUCGCCGCAUCGCGACGUCAUCCAGACUUACGGAUGGAUAGUUGCCCUGGAAUAUGACGCGCAGCGCUUCAGCUGGAAAGCCCUCCUUGGCCUCAUACUUACGCAGCACGUCCG